AUGGGUGAGACAACACAAAAGAAGCGGUAUGCCAUCGUCGGUACCGGUGGCCGAUCGGGCUUUUUCUACACGGCCAUUGCAAAGGACUACAGCAGCACUUCAGUCAUUGUCGGUCUCUGCGACACGAACCAGACGCGCAUGGACUAUGCCAACUCAAGAUUGAAAGACCUGGGCCACGGCGAGGUCUCGACCUACAUCGCAGCCGACUUUGACCAGAUGAUUAAGGAUACUAAGCCGGACGAGGUCAUCGUCACGACCAUGGAUCGUACACACAACAUCUAUAUCGUACGAGCAAUGGAGUUGGGCUGCAACGUCGUCACCGAGAAGCCAAUGACCAUCGAUGCGCCCCGUUGCAGGGAAAUCUUUUCGGCAGUCGAGCGAACAGGCCAGAAGGUACGCGUGACGUUCAACUACCGCUACGCACCGCACAACACAAAGAUCUUUGAGAUUAUCAAGUCCGGCGCCAUUGGCAAGGUGACGAGCGUGCACUUUGAGUGGAUGCUCAACGAGAACCAUGGCGCCGACUACUUUCGUCGCUGGCACCGCGAUAAGCGCAACUCAGGCGGCCUCCUUGUACACAAGUCGACGCACCACUUUGACCUCGUCAAUUUCUGGCUUCAGACGCGGCCGCAGACGGUUUACGCCCAGGGCGAUCUCAAAUUCUACGGACGGGAAAAUGCCGAGGCGCGGGGCGUGACGAAGUUCUACACCAGAGCGCACGGAAGUGAGGCGGCAAAAGACGAUCCCUUUGCACUACAAUUGGACCAGAACCCGCAGCUCAAGGCUAUGUAUCUGGAUGCGGAGCACGAAGAUAGCUACUACAGAGAUCAGAGCGUGUUUGGCGACGGCAUUAGUAUUGAGGAUACGAUGAACCUGCUCAUCCGGUAUCGCAAUGGCGCGGUGAUGACAUACUCUCUGACAGCGUAUGCGCCGUGGGAAGGAUUCCGCGUCAACUUCAACGGUACGGGUGGCCGCCUCGAGGUUGAGGUUGUCGAGAAGAGCUACGUGAACUCUGGAGGUAGCCAGGCUCUGGAGGGAGCGAUUGAGAAGCGGACGAUGCUGCUUAGGCCACUGUUUGGACCUCCUCAGGAGAUUGAUCUGGGCGAGGCCAAGGGUGCCCACGGCGGUGGAGACCUUGUUCUGCUGGCGGAUCUGUUUGGCGAGCCGGUCUCUGAUGAGUACAUGCGGGCUGCUAGUCACAUUGAUGGUGCCGCGUCAAUCUUGACUGGCAUUGCAGCCAAUAGGUCACUGGCGACAGGGCAGGCCGUUAAUGUGGAUGACAUCCUGGUGGUGCCUGAGAAAUAA